GUUUGCUGCUCUACUUUCUCCCUCGCAUCCUAGAUCAAGGUUGAUCUUACUGGACACAUAUCAGCCUUUGGGAGGUACAGGCACAGGUGGAUUUCCAUCUUCUUGACUCAACGCGCCCUUCUGAUCUACUACAUAACGGCCCUACGACCAUGAUACCAACCUAGUCCCCCCCAAAUACUAUGAUGAUCGAUUCGUCGACGACGUCGAACACUGUCGAAAGAAAACCAUGGACGACUACACAGGACACGAAUCUUUCGGUGGCGCGGCGCCAUUUCCCGAUCUCAUGAACGAUCCGGCCUACGAGACCAACCAUAAGGGAAAGGAGAGGGAGCUGGAAGAGCCCGACACCUGUCGAAUAUGCCGCGGGGAAGGUACUGAGGAUGAACAACUCUUCUACCCCUGCAAAUGCAGCGGUAGCAUCAAGUUCGUUCACCAGGCUUGUCUGGUGGAAUGGCUUUCUCACUCGCAGAAGAAACACUGUGAGCUAUGCAAGACUCCAUUCAGAUUCACCAAGCUAUACGACCCCAACAUGCCUCAGAGAGUUCCAACCCCGCUCUUCGCGAAACAGCUUCUGGUACAUGGCUUCCGUACGGUGGUAACCUGGUUGCGGUUUGUCCUCGUUGCCUUCGUCUGGCUUGGGUGGCUUCCGUGGUCAAUGAGAGCUAUUUGGAGGGCCCUGUUUUGGCUGGCAGACGGCCGCUGGUCUGGUGGGGAUAGCCCUCAACAAGGGUCGCCUCAGGCCCGCCUAGCUCAACUUGCAUCGAAUGGUACUGCUUCUAUGUCUGCGGUCGUGUCCUCCACCAGCUCCAUGGCCUCGGCGUCUUCCGCGGCUGCUGCGGCGCAAGGACAGUCUUUGCAGUCACCCAUAUCAUCGAUGUUUGACUUCUCUUCCGCCUCUGGGGAACCAUUAGUUCUUAUUCUCAUGAAGAAGGCCUUUUGGACUUUAUUCUUCCCUGCAAUGUCGUCUACAGGAGUAAGCUCUACGGGCCCGGGGUCCGCGAAUAUGACGUCAGGGCCUACGAAACAGCGGCGACCCUCGUGGCUUUCGGACGUGAAGUUUCUGAAUACCUUGACGCCAUCUCCUACGAUCAACAAUAUCUUAAUAGACACCUUAGAGGGUCAACUGAUCACUCUGCUUGUUGUCAUCUCUUUCAUUCUAAUCUUCCUCAUCCGGGAAUGGGUGGUCCAACAGCAACCGAUGGCAAAUAUCGCAGACGGUGAGCGAGAGGCGGCCGUUCAGUUGAUCGCGAAUAAUCGUCCGAACAAUCCCCCGGUGCCUGACGAGCGGGAGCCCUUGUUCCGAGGGCCUGAGCAACGCCAAGGACCCGGGGGUCGUGAGGAUCCAGUACGCGAUGAAAUGACCCAUGAGCAUGUCGAAGACAUUGCCGAUCGUCAAAGCACCCUCAUGCCAGAUUUGAGACGCAGAUCAAGCUCGGAUUUUGGAAACCCAUUUGCUCGGGAAGACCUUGCGAAUGUUGUUGACGGUCAGGAUACAUAUGACAAUGCUGGGCCGACUCCGUCUGGACACAAUGAUGGGAGCGACGACGAAGCAGAUUACGAUAUCACGGAUGCGCAGCCUUCGGUUCGGCCCAGCAAGGCUUCGCCAGGUGUGGAGGCUUUCAGGGACCUUUGGACGCGUGCAAAUGGUGAUCCCGAACAAGUCCUAAAUAUCAUACGGGAAGAAGGCCUUCGAGAUGAACUGGGUUGGAUUGAGACCGAAAUGACAAAACUUCGGGGAACCGACACUGCUUCCGGCUCCACGGGUUUUGAGCAGAGUCUUCCCGAUACUGCACAUACACAUCACUUUCCCGGUCCCCAGCCCCUGCCUGCUUCGCGACCUUGGGAUAUCGAAAGACCCUCCAAUCCGUUCGCUCGGGACAUAAUACCGGGAGAAUUGGAAGACCGCGCUGGCUUUCAUUACGCCCCAUCCACAGAAAGGACUGCAGGGGAACAAGGCGAGGUCGAAGAACCUCCUGCUGCCGUACUACCGGCCUACGAGGACCCCAGUCCGGCUGUGACUUCGACAGGUACAGAUUACAGACCAGACGCUGGCUUGGGAUCGUCUGAAAGCGGAAAUAACACAGCACAUUCUGACGCUCUAAUCGCCGCUCCGCCCGGAAAUUUGGCCACGAAGACUCUUGACUGGUUCUGGGGCGACAUCACACCCGAUCAUUUAUCUGAUGACGACUCGUCAGAUGAUGGCUCUGCGCUGGAAGACCAUUCUGACAUUGCGGUCUCCGACGACGAGCAGGAUAAUCAAGCAUUCGCCGCUGAGCUCGGUGUUGAUGCGAACGAUCUUGAUGCUCUCGAUGAAGGUGAUGAUAUGGAAGGUGUCCUUGAACUGAUUGGCAUGCAAGGACCCAUUUUCGGUCUCUUGCAGAAUGGCGUGUUUAGUGCUCUCAUUAUCUCGUUCACCGUGGCCAUCGGAAUUUGGCUGCCCUAUCUAUGGGGGAAAAUUGCACUCGUUCUCCUGGCCAACCCCAUACAGUUGGUGUUCGGUGUUCCCAUGACUGCUGUGUCCGUUAUCGCAGACAUUACACUAGACACACUCAUUGGGAGCUUGGGAUACGUCAUGUACUCAAUUAGCCUGAUUUGCAAACUGCUAUUGAAACCAUUCGGUACCCUGAUUCCUCUGGCUGACUGGAUGCCCCAUACCAAGUCCGUGACCAGCGCUUCGCUGUCUCUCAUUGACGCGAGUAGCCACAGGCUGAGGAACGUGGUCAGUGCAUUCUUUGUAUUCCACGAGUCGGACGUUCCAAUGUUUUCUGUUCUGUCUCACCAAGCUUUGAAACUCCACGAGGCGCGGAUAGCCACUGUUUUCCGGUCAGUCUUUCUGCUUGGCAAACUGUUGCUGCACGAUAUUCCUCUUCAGAUCCUCUCCCGUGGGGCUACGGGGUAUCUCUCAUCGGAUCACACUAUUGAAGGUGUUGUCAGUGUUCUGGCUCAAGCCCGAGACCAAGUUUCUGAGUUCUGCAGCCAGUUGCUGCAUUUCGCAAGCAACACUAAGUGGUAUGGCGUGGGUGUCACUGGAGCGACUUCAACGAACGUCACUCUCGACUAUGAUUUGGCGGUAUGGGACACGAAGGACCGUAUUAUUGCCAUUGUUAUGGGUUAUGUUCUCGCUUCCGCUUUGGGCCUUUUUUAUCUUCGGAUUACAGGUCUGUUUUCCGGUGUGGAGCGUGGGCAGAGGGCCGAAGGUGUCGUUGCGGAAAUCCUCCACCAAUCCGGCGGAGUGAUGAAAGUGAUCCUCAUCAUCGGUAUUGAGAUGAUAGUGUUCCCAUUGUACUGUGGAUCACUGCUCGACGUCGCACUUCUGCCCUUGUUUGAUCAGGCCAGUAUUGCAUCGCGCCUUGAAUUUACAUCAACGGCUCCUUUAACCUCGCUUUUCGUCCACUGGUUCAUCGGUACAUGCUACAUGUUCCAUUUCGCUCUGUUCGUGUCCAUGUGCCGGAAGAUUCUGCGGAGCGGUGUGCUGUAUUUUAUUCGCGAUCCCGAUGAUCCGACUUUCCACCCUGUGCGCGAUGUCUUGGAACGGAACAUCACCACGCAGUUGCGCAAGAUUGCCUUCAGUGCCCUUGUCUAUGGUGCUUUAGUCAUCGUCUGCCUCGGAGGUGUUGUUUGGGGCUUACAUUACGGAUUCAAUGGCGUCCUUCCUAUUCAUUGGUCUGCUACCAUCCCCGUUCUCGAAUUUCCGGUCGACCUACUAUUCUACAACUUCGUCAUGCCUUUUGCAAUCCGGUCGCUCAAACCUUCGGAUGGCUUGCAUAGCCUUUAUGACUGGUGGUUCCACAGGUGUGCUCGUUUCUUACGAUUGACGAGCUUCUUUUUCGGUGAAAGACAACCGGACGAGGAGGGUCACCACGUGCGACGCACAUGGGGUGAUGUCCUUCUCAGGACUAAAGGCGACAGUCAGCGGCCGCUAGCAGGCCCAGAUCAUCAGCGUCGUGCUGCCGAGCUCAACAUCAGUACGUACUUCGUGCCAGACGGAAAAUUGGUCAGAGCGCCAGCGUCUGAUCAAGUCCGCAUCCCGAAGGGGAACCCCGUAUUCGUACCGGUUUCUGAGGACAAUCAGAGGCUUGACGGAGUCCGGGAUCAACUCUGGCCCGGCCAAUUCACCAAAGUUUACAUUCCUCCCCAUUUCCGAUCCCGCAUCGCAGCGUUCAUCCUCCUGAUCUGGGUAUUUGCGGCCGCCACUGGCGUAGGCACCACCGUUAUUCCCAUGGUCAUUGGGCGGAAGAUUAUGUCCGCCUAUUUUCCCCAUCGGCCGCUCAAUGACAUUUAUGCCUUCUCUACGGGCAUAUGUUUGGUUGGCAGUGCUGCCUAUCUUGCGGUGUACCGCCAGACCUGUUUCGCUACCGUGAGGCGUUAUCUGCGUCCGUAUCUCCAAUCUCCCCGUCAGGCACUGGUUGGAUUGGUGUCUGCUGUCGUGGGUGUUCUCCGGUUUGCCUAUGUCGUGGGUGCGUUUUCGAUCCUGUUGCCCUCCGUCUUCGCGCUGGUCAUGGAACUCUAUGUGCUGGUUCCCAUCCACACGUACUCCAGUGGCGUCCAGGCGCAUGUGAUCCAUUUUGUGCAGGAUUGGACGCUUGGGGUGCUCUAUGUCCAGAUGGCCAUCAAGUUCAUUCUCUGGCGCUCCGCCUCUCGGCCGGCCACCGCAUUGAAAAACAUCUUCCGCAAAGGAUGGAUCAAACCAGAUGCCCAACUGGCCACGCGGGCCUUGCUGCUUCCCAUCAUGCUUCUCGCUAUCAUCGCGGUGGCUGUGCCACUUGUGUUUGGGUUUGCAAUCAACUCGACGGUGUGCGUCUCCAGCCCAGAUCUGCACCCCAAGGUCUACCGGUACGCGUACCCGGUGACGUUAUCCAUGGCCGUCUUCAUCUGGAUGGCCUAUCGCGCGCACCACCGAGUGGAUACCUGGCGAGUCAACAUCAGAGACGAAGUCUACCUGAUCGGGGAGCGGUUGCAUAAUUUCCGCGAAAAACGGACUGCCGGUAUGCCACGCCGGGUGACUACGGGGUGA